GCCAAAUCGCGGCGUCUUCUAAACUAUUCUAACGCUCUCUCUCUUUCUCUCUCUCUCUCUCAGUACCGUCGCUGCGCUUCCACCGCCGUCGGAUUCGACUUCGAGAGAAAUGCAGUACAAGAACCUAGGCCGAUCGGGGCUCAAAGUGAGCCAACUCUCGUACGGGGCAUGGGUGAGUUUCGGCAACCAACUCGACGUCAAGGAGGCCAAGGCCCUGCUCCAAUGCUGCCGCGACCACGGCGUCAACUUCUUCGACAACGCGGAAGUAUACGCCAACGGCCGCGCCGAGGAGAUCAUGGGCCAGGCUAUCCGUGAGCUCGGCUGGAAGCGCUCCGACAUCGUCGUCUCCACAAAGAUCUUCUGGGGCGGCCCUGGCCCCAACGACAAGGGCUUGUCCCGCAAACAUAUUAUCGAGGGCACCAAGGCCUCGCUCAAGCGCCUUGAUACGGACUACGUCGAUGUGAUCUACUGUCACCGCCCUGACUCGUCGACGCCGAUUGAAGAGACGGUUAGGGCAAUGAACUAUGUGAUCGAUCACGGAUGGGCGUUUUACUGGGGGACAAGCGAGUGGUCUGCUCAGCAGAUCACCGAGGCAUGGGGUAUUGCGGAGAGGUUGGAUCUUAUUGGGCCGAUCGUCGAGCAGCCGGAGUACAAUUUGUUGUCUAGGCACAAGGUUGAAUCUGAGUAUCUACCUCUGUACAGUAAUUAUGGUUUGGGUCUUACCACAUGGAGCCCACUUGCAUCUGGAGUUCUAACUGGAAAGUAUAACUCAGGAAAUGUUCCGCCUGAUAGUCGAUUUGCAUUAGAAAACUACAAGAAUCUUGCUAGCAGAUCACUGGUGGAAGAUGUGCUGAAAAAAGUUAAUGGACUGAAGCCAAUUGCGGAUGAACUGGGUGUACCUUUAUCUCAACUAGCAAUUGCAUGGUGUGCUGCAAAUCCUAAUGUCUCCUCAGUUAUUACUGGCGCUACAAAGGAACACCAGAUCAAAGAGAACAUGAAAGCUAUUGAUGUAAUCCCUCGGCUGACCACUUCCGUGAUGGAGAAGAUUGAGGCGGUUGUUCAGAGCAAGCCAAAGCGUCCAGAUUCAUAUAGGUGAAUCCUUUAUUCUAUCAUUUUUUCGUUCUUCUAUUGCGACACCCCCCCCCCCCCCCCCCC